AUGUCGUCGGGAUAUGGAAUGAACGGCGGCGUCGGCCGCUGCUUUCCCUUCUGGCAGGAGGUCCUUGCCUGCUACGUCGUCAACGCAUCCGCCGAGGAUAACGCUGGGAGGAAGAAGUGCUCCCCGGUCCUGGAGGACUACUACGAGUGUCUGCACCACAAGAAAGAGCAUGCCCGAGCGCUGGCGAUUCAAGCUGCCUACAACAAGCAACGUAACGCCGCACCACGAGAAGAUGCCCCCACAGCUAAGCAAAUAAGGAACCUGGGCCUGCUAGGAAAGGAUGAGGAUACCAAGAAGGUUUUGGGAGAUGCAGCUUAA